CCAACUCAAUCCUCUCUGUUUACACUUUGCCAGCCACCUUUUUUCUUAAACGCGUCUAAUCUUUCUGCUUUCUUUCUGUUUUCAUGGCUGCCAUGCCUGAGGAAACUUCCCUGCUCUACUCUUUCUUCUGGGAUGACCAGUCAUGGCCUCCCGCUGUUUCUGACCAGUGUAACAAUGAUAUUAAUACUAGUUCAGGCGGUGGUGGUGGUGGUCAAGAGAGGAAGAAGGUGGCGGCGGCAGCACCUUCGGGUUCUAAUAAGAUGAAGCAAGGAGGAGGGGAAAAUAAGGAAUCAAAUAAUGGUGGUGAUAAUAAUAAGAAUAAUAACAAUAGGGUUGUGAAAGAAGGAAAAGGAAGCAACGGUGGUGGUGGUGAUUCGGUUGAACAUGAGAUUCAUAUAUUGACGGAGAGAGAGAGGAGGAAGAAGAUGAGGAACAUGUUUGCUAGCCUUCAUGCUUUGCUUCCUCAUGUUUCUCCCAAGGCCGACAAGUGCACCGUUGUGGAUGAAGCAGUGAAGUACAUCAAAACCCUGGAACAAACUCUGCAAAAGCUAGAAAAGAAAAAGAUGGAAAGGCUUCAAGGAGAAGCACCGUCGACAACCGACGCAAAGAAGCAAGCUUCUAAGUCGAGGGAGGCAUUUUUAGCUGAUCAAGUAGCAUCCUCAAACUUGGCCAUUGAACCCGCCAGUAAAGUUAACCCUACAAAUUUGGUUUCGGCAUCACCCAGCCCUGCGGUCUUCAAAACAUGGACUUCACCCAAUGUUGUUUUGAACAUCUCUGGAGAUGCAGCGCAAAUAAACUUGUGUUCGCCGAAGAAACUUGGCCUCUUAACCACCAUUAGCUAUAUUUUUGAGAAGUAUAAGAUCGAGGUGAUAUCUGCUCAAGUUUCCUCCCAUUCCAACCGAAGAAUUAUCUUGAUUCAAGCAAAAGUGAAUAGAGAUUCCGAACAGUUCACUGAGGCAAUUCCGGUAGAGGACAUAUAUAAAAAGGCUGCAGGUGAGCUUGCAAUCUGGAUCUCUUCUUGAAUAUGAAGAUGACGAAACUGGGCACUAAGAUGCAUAUAUAUCUUGGUGAACGAGUACUCCAAAGUUUCUUUCCUUGGAAUAAAGUUAUUGUUUCAACUUAAUCAAGUUGACUCUUAAAGACAUAAAUUUUGGAAAUGGAUUGUUACUGUUAAAUGGAAUUAAC